AUGCUGAAGCCCAAGGCCAAGGAGAAGUCCAGGGCCCUGCUGGCCACGAUGGUCAUGCCCGAUGACGAAAUCCCUGUGGACCUCAUGCUGGAGCACCACAUGCGCAUGCUGACCGGCAACAUGAGCACACUGGAGGCCGCCAUCAUCGACAACCACCCGCCCUGGGACGAGAGGAAGAGCUCGCAGGAGCCGCUCCUCGCCCGCUACCGGCGCUCGCAGGGCGCCACGGGCAACGUCCAGGUGAAGAGCGUGAACUACACGAAGAUGAGCGAGCUCCUGCAGCGCUUCUUCGGCCAGAGCCCGCUCCAGCUCUACAAGAACCACCCCAAGGCCCUGCAGCUCUUCAGGAAGGAUGCGCCCGCGAACCUCUCGAGGAUGGACCCCCGGGCGAAGGCUGCGCGCCUGCUCGGGAUGAUGCACUUCAUGGAGCUGUGCCAGGACGCCGAGGCGGACAUCGACAUGUGCAUCUUCAUGGACUCGACGAGCUUCGUGUACCGCGAGAGCGAGACGGGGAUCGUCGAGCUGGCGCAGCGCUUCUUCCGCAAGGAGCCGAACGCGGUGGUGCUGCAGCCCCCAGACCUGUGCACCUCCAUGCGGACCUCGGAGAGGGGCGUCUGCAAGGUCGGGAACGCGACCGGCAUCUACCAUGGCUUCAUGGUGAUCCACCGCGACCGCUUCCAGGGCUUCGCGCCCAUGUCGGUGGAGGAGAUCAACCUCUCCAGCAAUUUUGAGGACCUCCUGGCCGAGGGGCUGACCAAGGGUGGGGUCGAGGGCGCCGUGAGGCGCAUGAGGUGCAGCGGCACUUUCGUCAUCAACCCGUACGACUCUUCCCUGGGCAGGUACGCAUGCCAGUCGCCCAACCCGAUGGGCCUCUCGUCGCAGGCGCGGGCCAUGCGGACUACCAGGCACAAGGAGAGGAUGGCCAGCGGGUUCGCCGAGGACUACUCCCGCUUCGAGGGUGGCGCGGAGGGGGCCCAGGGGCUGCAGGCCCUGAUCGAGCGCUUCGAGGCGGGCAAGUUCCCCGAGGCCAAGCACCCGGACAGCGUGACCAACAAGUGCCUGAACAUGUGCCCCUCCCGGGAGCGCAUCGCCAAGGGCCUCGCGUGGUGA